GUCCACCGGUCCACGGUGGCGACGUGGGAGUCGACUCUUGCACCGAAUCCCAUCGACAUUGCCGACUAUUCUCUCACUUGGAAGCAUUGAAAAAGCGUCGCCACUUCUCACUCCCGCAAGAAAAGGAAGGGCCAGCCGUAGAUCAUCCAGAUUCCGCUUACUUGGAUUGAAGAACACAAAGAUCUGAAAUCGGCGUUCCAGGAGCUCUAAUUUGAGCCCCUAUUCUUCCUUGGAUUGAAGAACACAAAGAUCUGAAAUCGGCGUUCCUUCCAGAAGCUCUAAUUUGAGCCCCUAUUCUCCACUCUUAGUCCUGUAGAUAGCCAGGAUCUUGUACCGAUAUCGCAUCGGUCUGAAUCGUUGUGGCGAUGGACGUGGUGGGGAAGCUGAGGCGAGGAGUCUCGCGGCAGCUGUCGCUGGGGUCUCUGACUCUGAGCAGGUUCAGCUUUCGUCGGCAGGCCUCUAUGGACCCGCGGCUUGGAAGCUCACGACGGUUCGCCAUUGGGCGUCAAUCGUCGCUCGACCCCAACCGGAGGAGCCCGGAAAAGGCGGAUUUGGGUAUGCCGGAGAAUCUGGAUGCCACUAUGCAGCUUCUAUUCAUGGCGUGCCAGGGUGACGUGCAGGGAGUCGAGAACCUCCUUAAGGACGGGGUGGAUGUAAACAACAUCGAUCUCGAUGGACGGACGGUGCUGCACAUUGCUGCGUGCGAAGGUCAUGUGGAUGUCGUCAGGCUGUUGCUCAGCUGGAGGGCGAACGUCGAUGCUAGAGAUCGAUGGGGAAGCACGGCUGCUGCAGAUGCUAAAUACUAUGGUCAUGAUGAAGUGUACAAUCUCUUGAAAUUUAGAGGUGCCAAAACACCGAAAAUUAGAAAAGCUCCGAUGACUGUGUUUGAUCCCAAAGAAGUUCCUGAGUAUGAGCUGAAUCCAGAAGAGCUUCAUUUCCGGCAUGGUGCUGAGCUUACUAAGGAAUCAUGUCAUGUUGCUAAGUGGAAUGGAACAAAGGUCACUGUUAAGAUGUUAGAGCAGGAUGCUUGUUCAGAUGCAGAAACAAUAAAUGGUUUCAAGAAUGAGCUGACCCUUAUGCUGAAGGCUCGACAUCCUAACUUGAUUCAGUUUGUUGGAGCUGUCACUCAAAAUAUACCCAUGAUGAUUGUUUCUGAAUACCUUCCCAAAGGCGACUUUGGAAGCUAUCUUAGAAAGAAAGGCCGUCUAAAGAUUAUCAAAGCUCUUCGGUUUGCACUAGACAUUGCUAGGGGCAUAAACUACCUUCAUGAGUGCAAACCAGAUCCAAUUAUUCAUUGCAACUUAACUUCAACAAAUAUUUUGCAAGAUGAUGGUGGUCAGUUGAAGGUGGCAGGCUUUGGCUUGAUUAAAAUGUUGAAAGUAACACCUGACAGAUACAAGUUAACUAAUCCAAUGACUCAUAUUGACAGUCAGUACAUAGCACCAGAGCUGUACAACAAUGAAACAUUUGAUAGAAGCGUUGAUGCAUUCUCCUUCAGUUUCAUUCUUUUUGAGAUGAUCGAAGGAAUUCCAGCUUUCCACUCCAAGGCUCCCAAAGAAGUCGCUAAAAUGAUUUGCGUAGAUAACUACAGACCAUCACCACUAAAGAUCAAAUCUAAGACUAAUCUGUCUGAUUUAUUUGAGCACCUGCAUCAAGAGAUGGAAACAACUUUCUUGGAAACAUAGAUCAGACAAGUUGAAUGCAAAUACCAAGCUAUAGAAGGUGUAUUCGUUUCAUCUGAGAUGAUAAGAGCAAUGUUUUGCAUCUUUGCUUUUGUUACUUGAUAAUCUCUUUGGAUGUGAUUAUAUGCCUUACAUCUAUAAUGUUGCACAUUUUGCAAAAGUCUAGGUUUGAACUUAUCCCCUUUUUUUCCUCGCUCUAUGUAAUUUGUGCACUUUCACUUGAAUUAAAAUGUCAACUUUUUUUCUCUCUAUCUCCUGUAGCAGUACCUUCCUCUGCCUUCCAUUUACAAGAAUUUUCACCGAAAAAUCAUUAAAUUAGAUACUGAAGGAAUUUUUGUGUUAUUGCCAUUGAGAUCUCCACAAGCUUAGCCAACUCAUCGAUAACACUUUGGAAUAUGUUUAGAUGCUCAUUAAAACCUCACAUUUGUAUUUGAUUAAUGAUGCUACUCGUCAUAUAUGAAAGCAUAAUCUGGUGGGUUCUAAUUGCUUUUUUCUCCAUUUUUUAAUUUCUCCGAUGCAUGGUUUGCCCUACUCGGCUAACUAGACUACCACAUACACACUAUUGCAUCAAUAUAUUUGAUAAUAUUUACAAAGAAAAAUUAGAUUUUCUAUUAAAUCUGCGUAAAGGACCUUUGAUGCUUGCUAAAUUUUCUUCCAUCAGAUAACCGUUGGUACAUGUGCUUGUUGUUCACCCACUAUGAAGUUUAGAUGUAUUACUCUAAGAUCUGACAACCUCGGCUCUAAUACCAUUUGCAGGAUCGUGAACACCUCUAAUCACUAAACAAGGCAACUUUACCACUGCUUGCUAGAUUCUAUUGCCUUAAAUUUCACAAACUCAAAUCUUGUCAUUUUGUUUUCUUCCUGUAACUUUUCAAGUCUCUUGAUCUCCCUCUCCUCCAAAUGCGCCCACACUUAAUGAAAUCUUGUGAAAGUUCCACUGGGUUAGAAAUUAAUAGUUUGUCUUAAAAUUCUAACUAAAAUUAUAUAAAAAAAGAUCGGCCUCAACUAAAAUGAUAUCUUGUAGAUUUAUAGUAGACGUUCUUAUUUUUGGUUAUUCAAAUUCCUAAUAUGCUUCUAUGGUUUUCUUUCAUGUUUUGGAACAAAUUAAAGCAGGAAUUAUUUUUUGGCAUGAAACAAGUUACAUUUUAUU